CUGCUGUAAACCCGAGAGCUUGUCAUUGUGAAAAGUAAGCGAAACUUCUGGUUUCUGCCUCCUCAGGUGUGCUGCUUUAUGACCAUAUGUGGAAUCCGGAACAGGCACACCUGUGAGCUCACGUCACGCCUUGAGAGUACCUGCAGCAAGUCGCCUAACUGAACGCAUUCAGACGCGGAAACGAGCGAAAGAAAAGCAGAGAUAGAAACUACGCCGUGGACUAUAAAAAAACUUAUUCUUUUACAACGUUUUAGUUGCGAGAGGGAUUGGCAAACAGGCUUCACACACAAAUGGGGACCGCUUGGUUUGCGGUUUGUGGCGUUUUAUUCGUCGCUUUUCAGGUAUUGGCUGCAGAGGAGUCAUCAUGUGUGCCCGGAUUUGAGUCAGAGCUGUUGUUAUUCAAAGUUACCAGAAAGCACCUGAGGCAAGGCACAAGACUGGGCAAAGUUGGCUUCACUGAUUGCACGGACCGCAAAAGAUUUCUUUUCAGCACAGAUGACAGCCGUUUUGUGAUACAAACAGAUGGUGUAUUAACUGUAAAGAGAGGAGUGGUUCUUCACGAGGGUCACCGGGACUUCUUCAUCCACUCCUGGGAUUCACAGGGUCAGAGGUUGACUGUUCCCGCCACGGUGUUGUAUGAUGGACAGCAUCAUGACGAUAACCAUCCGAUUUCUUGGCAUCGCCAUGAAGGUCAUAAAUCCAGCAGCCAGCUUCAUGAUCAGACUGAGAUGGACACUGCCACUAAACAGGAUGCAGCUAAUCCACUGGUUCCCAUUGUGGAUUUCCCCAAAUCUAGUGGGGGGCUGAGGAGGAGGAAGAGAGCCUGGGUUAUCCCUCCACUUAGUGUUUCUGAGAAUAGCAGAGGACCAUAUCCGCUGCUUCUUGCUCAGAUACGCUCUGAUUUAGAUAAAGUAAAGAGGAUCCAUUACAGCAUCACUGGUCCUGGAGCAGAUCAACAUCCUGUUGGUCUUUUCACCAUUGCCAGGAUCAGUGGUCAUCUGUAUGUCACACAGGAACUGGACAGAGAGAAACAGGACAAGUACAUGUUUCAAGCUCAUGCUGUUGAAGAGGGAGGUAGCAGAAAUACAGAGGAACCUAUGGAUAUUAUAAUCCAUGUAAUUGAUCAAAAUGACAACAAACCAGUUUUUAAUACGUCUACGUAUACGGCAGAAAUUCCGGAAGCCUCACAAAAAGGUGUUGAGGUGAUUCAAGUUGUGGCCACCGAUGCUGAUGACCCAAAUACUGACAACGCUGACAUCCUCUACCGCAUUGUCAGUCAGGAGCCAGAGCAGCCCAAUCCCUCCAUGUUUACCAUCAACCCAGUUACUGGAGUCAUCAGAGUCAAUGUUGGUACACUGGACAGAGAGACAAACCCUCAGUACACACUGCAGGUACAGGCAGCUGACCUAAAGGGCGAAGGUUUGGCUGGAUUUGCUAAAGUGUUCAUCAAGGUGAUGGACAGCAAUGAUCAUGCUCCAGUCUUUACGGAGAACCCUUAUACAGCAGCAGUUGAAGAGAAUAAAGUAGAUGCUGUAGUUGUUCGAAUGCUGGUGACAGACGAAGAUAAGCCACAUUCUCCAGCCUGGGAUGCAAAGUUCAGAAUUAUUGAUGGAGAUCCGGAAAAUCUUUUCACUGUGAAAACAGGAACUAACAAGCAAGAAGGAAUCAUUUCUACUGCUAAGGCUCUGGACUUUGAGAAAACCAGUAAGCACACUCUGGUGGUUACAGUGGAGAAUGAGAUUCCUUUUGUCAGUCCUCUACCCACUUCUACUGCUACAGUGGUGGUGACUGUGAAGGACGUCAAUGAACCUCCAAUAUUUGAUCCACAAGAGAACCAAGUGUCCAAAAGAGAGGACCUUGCUGAGGGCAGCACUGUGGUGCAGUACACAGCUUCUGAUCCAGACACUGCACGCAAACAGAAAGUCAUGUAUAGCGUGAUCAGUGACCCAGCUGGCUGGCUUAACGUUAAUACGAGCACUGGUGUGAUUACCGUGAGAGACAAAAUGGACAGAGAAUCCGUCUUUGUCAAGGAGGACAGAUACACAGCACUUAUUGGUGCAUAUGAUGAUGAUCCAGUCCCAGCCACAGGAACUGGUACUCUGAUCAUUGUACUUCAGGAUGUCAACGACAACGCCCCCAGCAUCGAGGAGCGUAAAUUCAGCGUGUGUAACAAGAAACCAGCUCCUCAGCUUCUGACUGUAACGGAUAUAGAUGGACCUGGCUUUACUUCUCCUUUCAGCGUCCGCUUAAGUGACUCUGCAAAGGUUAACUGGACUGCUAGGAUGAAUGGCACCAAAACGGGCAUUAUCCUGACGUUGAACUCUGAGCUGGAAAGUGGAGAGUACAGUGUGGCCUUGAGUGUUUCAGACAACCAUGGUCUGUCUCAGCUCAGCACAAUCAUAGCCAGUGUGUGUGACUGCACUGGAGAUGACGUGGUCUGCAAAGAUGUACGGGCAGCUGUCGCCGGCAUGCCCAUCAUCCUGGGAAUACUCGCUGGCGUGUUGCUGCUACUCAUGCUGGUCCUCCUGCUGCUUCUGUUUCUAAGGCGAAGGAGACGAGAGAAGGAACCACCUUUACUCCAAGAUGAUGACCUCAGAGACAACAUCUUUUAUUAUGAUGAAGAGGGAGGUGGAGAGGAUGAUCAGGACUUUGAUCUGGGUGUUCUCCACCGUGGUUUGGACAACCGUCCCGAGGUAUUCAGGAAUGAUGUGGUUCCAGCUUUUAUGCCAGCACCUAUAUACAAACCUCUGCCCGCCAACCCAGAUGACAUCGGCAAUUUCAUUGGUGAUAACCUGAAGGCAGCCGAUAAUGACCCGACUGCUCCCCCCUACGACUCGCUGCUGGUGUUUGAUUAUGAAGGAGCAGGUUCUGAAGCUGGAAGCCUCUCAUCUCUAAACUCGUCAAGUGAUGGAGACCAAGACUAUGACUGCCUCAAUGACUGGGGACCUCGCUUCAAGAAACUGGCUGACAUGUACGGAGGAGGAGAUGACAUGCUGUAAAUGUACCAACACUGAGGACAAAUGGCUGCAUGCAGAUAAACUGUACUAAAAAUCCUGACAUGAAUGAGAUGUGAGUUUGUGGAUUGUAGCUCAGUCCUAUUGGCAUCUGCUGCACAGAAGCUAAAGAAUAAGUUUGUUUUUAUGAGUUUUCUUCUCUAGAGCGGUCUUUCUGUGGCUUUUUAGACUGACCAAAAUGUUUUGGUUUUUUGGGGUUCGCCCUCCUCUGAUCUUUAGUUUACUAGGUAUACUCGUCAAAGGCUUGUUGUAUCACUAGUAAAAAUUUGUCUGAUACUGUCAAAGUGUGGUACUUUGCCUGUUGUGUACAUUUUUUUGUAUCCUAACGGUUUUAUAUUUUGUUUAAUGGAUAAAUUAGUAACAUUUCAGAAAUCAUAUGAAAUCCUGGUACCCAGGUGAGUCAACCAUUGGACUAUGUUUCAGCUGCCAGUAAAUGCCUUUUGUAACUAUGUUCUGUUCUACUGCUUUGCAAAUUCUUGAUGCAAUAAUUUCUGUAGUGCUAUAUUGUAAAUGCAUUGUUUUACCUUUUUUUUUUUUUUUUUAAAUAAAAUCUAAUGUUAUGUU